UAAGGAAGAAAAAGCUUGGAAAUGGACCUGGAAAGAAAGAUUAAAGGGUCCAAGCAAGUGGGAGCAAAUGGCCAAGCUCAUCCAAUAAAUAAAGACAGAGAAGAGAAAGAUACCAUGUGGAACAAAGUAGGAGAAUAUACAAUACAAUCUUAUAUUUAUUGGGUCACAGUCAUAGCCAUCUUAAAAUGACUUGUUCUUACUAUAUUCAUUCCAAACUUCAAACCCCUUGUUUUACCCUUCAGGUUCAAGGCCAACAGUAAGAAGAAGAACAAGUGGGGUGGUCUUAUUCUUUGCUUGUUGGUUUGGAUUUCUUGAAAAAUUCUCAUCUUUAAACAUGUGGGGCCUGAGAUUCUAACUAAGCUCAAGAGUAGAAUAAUCAGUUUCCUUUGUCUGAUCAGCUUUGCAAUCUCUCUGCAGUUUUCAUGAAUGAUUAACUAAUUAUGAUGGAAAAGCGAGACUUUUCUGAAUUCCUAUCAGAGCUAAUAGUGCUAAGCAAUGAGGUUGCUUCUUUUGCCAAGAAUCCUGAAAUUGAGAUAGAUGCUUUUGAUGAGUUUGCUAUGCUCGUUGAGAAAUUCGCACCUAUCUUCAAUGAUUUGAGGGACAAAAGCACAAUCAUGGGCAAGCCAGCUAUUAGAAAAUCGUUGGAAUCAAUUGAGAAUGAGCUUAACCGUGCUAAAGCUUUGAUCAGAAGUCCCUAUUUGAAAGAGCCUGUUAAACAAAUUGAGGACAUAACUCGUGAUCUUGGUCGAUCAUUUGGCCUGCUUAUUGUGGCUAGCCUUGAAGUGUCCACAGAUUUUAGAGAAAAGAUUGGUGUAUUGCAAAAGCAGUUGAUGAAUGCAAGAUUUGGUGGAUAUAAUACUAGUCUAACUUCAAGUCCAGUGUCAAAUUUUGUCAGGGAUGUGAAGGUGGAAGGGGAAAUAGAAGAGGAAAUAGUUAAUGUCAUUGUCACCCUUGAGGAUGUUGUGCUGCAACUUAAGAAUGGUAGUGCUGAAGAAUUUGCUGUUGUACUUAUGAGACUAAAGAAGUUAAUCAGGGAUGGACAACUGGAUAGUGGUUUAAUUAAUGAGAAUUUUAUUGUUUGUGUUCUUUUUAAUCGUCUAAGUUCAUGUAAGGCAGAAGAUAGGCUCACAGUCAUUCAAUUGCUACGAAGUAUCGCCUUGGGAAAUGAUGAGUCAAAGGAGAAGAUGGCAAAUAUUGAGUUUUUAUCAGCAUUGGUGAAGUCUCUAAUAAGGGGUGAAGAAGAGAGGAGGGAAACAGUGGGACUGUUGCUAGAACUAUCUGACCUUGCCGCAGUUAGACGUCAGAUUGGAAGAAUUAAGGGGUGCAUUCUUAUGUUAACUUCUAUCCUGAAUGGAAUUGACCCUGUUGCUUCACAUGAUGCAGCAAAGUUAUUGGAUAUAUUAUCCAGUAAUUCUCAAAAUGCACUUCAUAUGGCUGCAGCUGGUUACUUUAGGCCACUAGUGCAUUAUUUGGAGAAAGGAUCUGACAUGAACAAAAUCCUUAUGGCAACAUCACUUUCUAGGUUGGUUCUCACUGAUCACUGCAAACUUUCCCUUGGACAAGAGGGGGCAGUUGAAUCCCUUGUCAAAAUGUUUAACUCAGGGAAGCUUGAGUCCAAGUUAUCUGCUCUAAAUGCAUUGCAAAACCUUUCGAGCUUGACCGAAAAUGUGCAACGUCUGGUCAAAACUGGAAUUGUAGGAUAUCUGCUGCAACUCCUUUUCUCUGUAACUUCUGUGCUCAUGACUUUGCGGGAGCCUGCAUCAGCUAUGCUCGCAAGAAUUGCUCAGUCAGAAUCCUUUCUUGUAAACCAAGACGCGGCGCAGCAAAUGCUUUCACUUUUGAGUCUUAACAACAGCAAGGUAAUUCAAGGUCAUCUAUUAGAAGCUCUAGACAGCAUUGCGUCCCAUCCUGGUGCUUCUAAAGUGAGAAGAAAAAUGAAGGAAAAAGGUGCCCUUCAGCUAAUUUUACCCCUUCUGAAGGAAACUAAAAUAAGGAGCAAGGCCUUGAGUUUGCUAUAUACUCUCUCCAAAGAUCUAACAGAAGAGUUUAGUGAACAUCUUGAUCAAACUCAUCUUCUCAACAUUGUUAACAUUGUCAUAUCAACAACAUCAGAUAAUGAAAAGGCUAAUGCUGUUGGCAUACUGAGUAAUCUUCCGGUUAACGAUAAGAAAGUGACAGAUAUGCUAAAGAGAGCAAAUUUGUUGCCAAUGUUGGUACACAUUAUGGAUUCAAGCACUGGAAGUAACUCACUCACAAGAAGUAUCAUAGCUGAGAGUAUUGCAGGUAUUGUAAUCCGGUUCACGUGUGCCUCUGACAAGAAACUACAACUUCUUUCAGCAGAGCAAGGGGUGAUUCCUUUGCUUGUAAAAGUUCUCUCAGGUGGUUCAACAAUCACAAAAUUUAGAGCUGCUACCUCUCUGGCUCAACUAUCACAAAAUUCUCUACCUCUCAGGAGGUCUUGGAAGUCAAGGUGGUUGUGUGCUUCUCACUCAGUUAAUAAUGCAUAUUGUGAAGUUCAUGAUGGCUAUUGCUUUGUGAACAGCACUUUUUGUCUGAUUAAAGCAGGUGCUGUUUCUCCACUUAUCCAAAUAUUGGUAGAUAAGGAUGAGGAAGCAGUGGAAGCUUCUCUGAGUGCCCUUUCAACUCUCUUGCAGGAUGAAAUUUGGGAAGGAGGUGUGAAAUGCAUAGCUGAAUUGUCAGGAGUAGACCCUAUUGUGAAAAUUUUAGAAACUGGUAAUUUGAAGGUUCAAGAAAAAGCACUGUGGAUGUUGGAGAGAAUAUUCAGGGUUGAUGGGUACAGAGUAAAAUAUGGUGAAUCUGCUGAGGCAGUUCUUAUUGAUCUGGCACAGAAGAAUGAUUCUGGAUUGAAGCCAACAGUUGCAAAAGUUUUGGCAUUGUUGGAGCUCCUGCAAGCUCAAUCUAGUUAUUUCUGAAUCAAAAACCUUGUGAUCAAGUGAUUUUGUUAAGUUCCAUUCAUUUAUAUUUUCUUUUUUUUUUUUUGAAGACAAAAGUAACCAAUUAUAUUCAAAUCAAUGAGAAUCUACAUCAGGAGCAUCAGCAGCUAAGCUGAGUAAAA